UGAGGAAGAUGUGCUUUAUUUUUUUUUUCUUUAUCGCGUCCGUUCUCUUCUGGUUCCCUUUAAAGACUGAAUGAACACCAGUCUUCUUUUCUAAAAGAACUCACGUACCCAAUAGCAAGUCUGUGCGAGUGUCGAGUGACGUCCGCAAGGUGGAUCCUGUUUCGAGAAUUGCGCGGGGGCGGAGAUGUGACGGGAGGCCGCUCCAAGGCGUUCAUUUUUCUACUACCGUAGAUAGUAGAUCAUGUAUUUCGUCUCUUAACUUUUAGAAACACACUUACCAGUGUUCGUUUUCUGUGCUUCAGCUCAGCUGUAAACAACAGUUCUUGUCGGGUGUAACUGAGCGAUGUACCUGCCAGGGAGUAGAAUGGAUUACCGACUUCUGGAGUAAUGAAAAAAAUUUCGUUUUACGUAUUAAAGAGGCGCAUCGGAAAUGGAUGGAUUUGAGUUGGAUCUUCUCCUAUACCUCGUAGCCCUCACAGUUUUUGCCCAAACAGGUUCUUCCACACAGCCAACAAACCUCCAGUGUCAUAAUGACUAUUUAAAGGAAAUGACCUGCAUGUGGAAGGCUGAGGCGAAUUCAAACUGUACAACUCUGUACACGUUGCUGCAUCAAAAGACAGAUGUGCCAAAUCAAAUCAAAACUUGUUUUCCAGUCAACUUGAACCCUGAGCCUGGCAAUUUGUCUGACAUCUGCACCUGUCGAAUUUCAAUUGAAAUGAAUCAUUCCUAUAAACUGCAGCUCUUCUACAAAGACAAGCUUUUGCAGUGUAGCACUAUUAAUAUUAAUGAUACAGUUAAACCUGCCAUGCCAUACAGCCUCGAAGCAAUUCCAGACAAAGAUGAUGGGAUUUUUAUGUGGACAAGUAGCUAUAGAAGUCAGACGACCCAAGCUCUGUACAAGAAGAUAUAUCAGGUUAAAUACAACGAAUGUAGUGACAUGGAGUCAGAUGAUGAGUCUCCUGAUUAUUUGGAUUACAAAUUAGUCAAGACCACAUUGGGGAAUUGUGCCAGGUAUUCAUUUAUGGUCCGUUCCAAGCUACAGGAACCUGAUAUUUCAGAAUGGAGUGCUUGGAUCCCUGAAGAUGAAUGGUAUUCAGAAAGCAAGGAGCUUACCUGUCACAAUGACUUUGAUGCAGAAAUGGUCUGCACCUGGAACCCAGGAAAGUACAUUAACUGUGCAGAAGAGUACACUUUCAAUUUUAGGAGGCUACAUCAUCCUUUGGAAAACAGUAUUUGUAUUCCUCGCAAUACAGACCAUACACCCAUUUCAUACUGUGAGUGCAGAAUCGAUGAUAUUGACGCAUUUACGUCUUCUGAUAAAUAUGUCAUUGAAGUCUGGUCAGGAGCAAAACUGAUAAUUCUGAAUACUGUAGUACCUCAUGAGUCCAUCAAACCAAGAUGUCCAGGCAAUCUGAAAAUAACAAAAAAUGAACAUGGAAAUGUACUCCUCACCUGGAUCUCAAAUUAUUCCAAUAAAAGUUUCAUGUCAGAUUUAAACUUUGACAUCAGUUAUAGAAAAAAGGACAGACCAGAAGAGGAAGCAGUGGAAAAAACAUCUUCAGAUACUUCUUGUUUUUAUGAAAUUAUAAAAAAUUCAUUAGAUCCUGGUUGGACUUAUGUAGUAAAAGUGCGAUCAUUUAACAAAAGGUAUAACUCACAAAAAAGUGAUUGGACAUCAGCAAUUGAGUGGUAUAAUGAUUACAGCACUGAAGACGUGCUCAAGAGAGCUUUGCCGGGAAUCUGUGUUGUGCUCAUUGCGGUGAUCAUCACUUGUUACUGCUGUGCAAUCAUGGUUAAACACAAAUGGUAUGAUAAAGUUCCAAAUCCAAGAAAGAGUAAUCUGGUCAUUAUAAAGCCAAAGACCCUACAAAUAGCAAAUUUUAGAGAAAGUAUCAUUUUGCCCUGUGAACUGCUGGAGUCUGUGCCCAUUAAAAUUAAAUCACAGUGUCCUGCAGACAAUAUUUUAUCAAUACCCCAGCAAGAUUUUCUUUACAGGGGACUGUCUGGUAAUGAUGAUAACUUAUUGAACAGUAAAAUGGCUAACAAUGUUACAGUGGCCCCAGAAUAUCAAGGUUGUCCUGUACAGUCCAUCAAAGAGAAAUACAAUAUUGAAGAUAAAGAUCGAUUAUUACCUACGGAUCCAAACGACAACUGGCUGGUACAAGACAAACCUGAUAAAGUGGAGGGUACAGUCAUUGAAAGAGGCCUUGUAAAUCAGUUUUGUGAAGUGUGUGACCAGUAUGCUAAUUUGUGGUCCAGGACACGUGGUGGGAAUAUGUCGGUCAGCACUGUUCACAACUAUACUCUAACUGAAAACAGAGCCCCAGGCUCAGACUUUCAUGAAGAAUGUUCACUCUCUGGAAACAUAACUUCACUGGGCAGUGGACACUUUAUGGGCGGGAGCAGCUCAGGGGAGUCGCUCAGUUCCGCCGAGUCCGGCUAUAAAAGUUUGUCCCCUGCUGUCACACCGGAGCAGCAGCUAAGUGGCUGUUGCUCAGCACAUGUGGAUCCUCUGCUAAGAGGCCACCUGCUGGAGGAACAUCGUUGGGAACCAAGAGUUGACAAAAUGACCUUUGAUCCCAAUUACAGGGUUCUUCAUGUGGAUCCACCUCAAAUGCAAAACUCUGAUUUCACAUUGUUGUGUAGCUCUUCCAUGAACUAUUUAACAGAUACAAAAAAUCCACAACCUUGUGGAAUUUUCAAUGUUCCUGAACUGCAAUUAUGGGAUAAUUGCAAAAUCAGACAGCAGAAAGACUGCCCUUCUCAUCAGUUCAACAAGCAUACUGUUUUGCCAGCUGCUGAUGGGUAUGAAAGUUAUAAAGUUCUCAGCAAUGUAAAUAAAGUCCAAAAGCAAGAGAAUUUUGUAGCAAAAUUACCUGAACAUUGGAAAGAAGAAAAUAUUUUAAAUUACGCGAAAAGUGUUGGUUUUUCAGAGCAUCCAAACGCAAUUAACAUUCUUUGCACUCAGGAUAAUAUUUACCAACCUCUGCACUGUAAGGGUCAAAACUUGGACUGCUUAUUAACUAAUGACCAAAAAGGACUUGAGUUGGGAUCUGUCUCCUGGCAAGUAGAGUACCAAGGACUUCGAGAUAUGCCUCCUAAAUGUCACAGUCAUGUGUUUCAGGACAUAUGCAGCCAGUGCAAUGUGAGUGACAGUGAGCCCUGUCUAAAUGGGACACAGGGGGCGUUAUAUGAGUCGGUGACAACUGGAGAUGAGCCUGCCUUCUGUAAAGAGACCUCCGUCAUCGUACCUCUGCUGAUUGAUUCCAGUUAUAAAAAACUGUCUUGAAGUCACUCAUAUGGCGACUUGCUUUAACUUGCUACUGGGGAACUCCUGUUUUGAAACAGUUAAAAAUUCCUACAAAUCCUUGCAAGACUGUACAAAGUUCUUUAAUGUUAUGUUGUUUUUCUCUGUAUGGUACUUUUGUGCUUUUAAGAAAAAGCCUUUAUUAAAUAAAACAUUUUGAAAAGGGAGGGAGAACAUCA